AAAGAUCUCGUUUGUUCCUCCAGCUUGUCAUCUGUACUCUGAAAGGCUGUAGCUUCUGAGGUCCAGAAACGUUACUACUUGAGAGCACAAAUGGAAGUAGAAAUACAUCAGAGCUCUGCAAACGGCAAAGUGGCCCAUCCUCAGGAGUCUCACCACCCCUCCGAAAAGCCGGUCAUCCACUGCCAUAAAUGUGGGGAGCCGUGUAAAGGCGAAGUACUCCGUGUUCAGGCCAGACACUUUCACAUCAAAUGCUUCACCUGCAAAGUAUGUGGCUGUGACUUGGCACAAGGAGGCUUUUUCAUCAAGAACGGGGAAUAUCUGUGCACCUUGGAUUACCAGCGCAUGUAUGGUACCCGCUGCAACGGUUGUGGGGAGUUUGUGGAAGGAGAAGUAGUGACAGCUCUGGGAAAAACUUACCAUCCAAGCUGCUUUGCCUGUACUGUGUGCAAGCGUCCGUUUCCACCAGGAGAUCGAGUUACCUUUAAUGGAAGGGACUGUCUCUGUCAGAUGUGUGCUCAGCCAAUGGCCUCCAGUCCAAAAGAACUGUGUGCCUCGAGCAAUUGUGCUGGCUGUGGAAGAGACAUAAAAAAUGGACAAGCAUUGCUAGCUCUGGAUAAGCAGUGGCACCUGGGGUGCUUUAAGUGCAAGGCCUGUGGGAAGGUCCUAACUGGGGAAUACAUCAGCAAAGAUGGUGCUCCUUACUGUGAAAAGGACUAUCAAGUUCUUUUUGGAGUCAAAUGUGAAGCAUGUCACCAGUUCAUUACUGGGAAAGUCCUAGAGGCAGGUGACAAGCAUUAUCAUCCAAGCUGUGCACGAUGCAGCAGGUGCAACCAAAUGUUCACAGAAGGAGAAGAAAUGUACCUACAAGGUUCCACUGUCUGGCAUCCGGACUGUAAGCAAUCCACCAAGACUGAAGAUAAGCUACGGCCUACAAGAACAUCAUCAGAAAGCAUUUAUUCCAGACCAGGUUCCAGUAUACCUGGCUCUCCAGGCCACACUAUCUAUGCAAAAGUAGACAAUGAAAUCCUUGAUUACAAGGAUUUAGCAGCCAUUCCCAAAGUCAAGGCCAUUUAUGACAUUGAACGUCCAGACCUAAUUACUUAUGAGCCAUUCUACACUUCCGCCUACGAGGACAGACAGGAGAGACAGAGUCUUGGAGAGUCUCCAAGGACAUUAUCACCUACCCCUUCUGCAGAAGGCUAUCAAGAUGUUCGUGAUCGCAUGAUUCACAGGUCUACUAGUCAGGGCUCCAUUAAUUCUCCGGUGUACAGUCGUCAUAGCUACACACCCACCAUGUCACGUUCUCCUCAGCAUUUCCACAGACCUGGCAAUGAGCCGUCCAGCGGUCGGAACUCCCCUGUCCCUUACCGGCCCGACAGCCGCCCUCUCACUCCAACUUACGCUCAGGCCCCUAAACAUUUCCAUGUUCCAGAUCAAGGUGUCAACAUUUACAGGAAACCGCCCAUCUACAAACAACAUGAUGCAGCUGCUUUGGCAGCACAGAGCAAGUCCUCCGAGGAUAUCAUCAAGUCCUCCAAGUUCCCAGCAGCUCAUGCACCAGCACCCAACGAGAUACCAAAGAUUGAGACAGACCACUGGCCAGGUCCUCCCUCCCUUGCUGCCAUAGGAGCUGACAUGAGACGCAGAUCAAGUGGAAGAGAGGAGGAUGAUGAGGAGCUGCAGAGGCGCCGGCAGCUGCAGGAGGAGCAGCUCAUGAAGCUCAACUCUGGCCUGGGACAAUUGAUAUUGAAAGAAGAGAUGGAAAAGGAGAGUCGCGAUAGGUCAGCCCUCUCUGCCAGUCGUUAUGACUCCCCAGCACAUGCUGCAGCCUCCAAAACCUCUUCACUCCCUGGCUAUGGGAAAAAUGGACUACACAGGCCAGUGUCUACAGAUUUUGGUCAGUACAACAGUUAUGGGGAUGUGAGUGGUGGUGUUAGAGAUUUCCAGUCCCUUCCGGAUGGUCAUGUCCCUGGGAUGAGAAUGGACAGAGGAGUAUCUAUGCCUAACAUGUUGGAGCCAAAGAUUUUUCCAUAUGAAAUGCUCAUGGUGACCAACAGAGGGCGAAAUAAAAUACUAAAAGAUGUAGACAGGACCAGGCUGGAGCGUCACUUAGCACCUGAAGUUUUCCAAGACAUCUUUGGCAUGACGAUACAGGAGUUUGACAAGUUACCUCUCUGGAGACGCAACGACAUGAAGAAAAAAGCAAAACUCUUUUAACCUCCCUUUAAACAAACCAACAAGAAAUGAUGCAUAGGAUAUUUAUUGUAUCCUACAGUCCAAACUAUAUGGAAGCAACUACUUAGCCACCAGAAAGGGAAAAUCACAUAAUGGCACCUCUGUACACAGCAGUUGAACAAGAUGAAUGUUUGUCCUGCUGGAACACAGGGAGAAAAUAUUUGGGCUCAGAAACAACAGUGAUAGUUCUCAGAGGUGUCAAACCUGUUACAUGAUAUUAUACAAGAUAGGAAACUGUUCCAUUCUUCUCCCUCAAUGAUAUUCCCUUUUACUUCUCUCCACAAUAUGAUGGACUUUAUUGCUAGAGCCAGGAAGUGCCCUUAGGAUGCCUUGUAGACUAAAGUAGUUGUAACCACUCCAAGAACUGGAAAAGAAUAUAUAUAUAUAAAUAUACAUAUAUGUGUGUGUUUGCGUGUGUGCACACAUAUAUUUAUAUCUAUCCAUCUAUCUAUGUGUGUGUGUAUGUAUGUACAUAUAUGUGUGUAUAUAUGGAGAGGAAGACAGAUGCUCUGGAGUGAAGGAGAAGCCCUUUGUAACUUACCCACGUGGUCACAUGAAGUUUUUCACACAACCAUUUCCGAAUCGGCACUCUUUGGAAAUGGCAUCUUCCUCACGUGACAGGAUGUGCAAAGGUGGGCACUCUGCUCACAGUGCAUACCAGUUGAAUUUCUAGAACAUGAGUUCCUUGUAAUUGUAGAUAUCUGCUAGGAUGUAGGAAGUGAAUUGCUGUGUCUGUUGUCAGUCUUCCCUCUUCCACCCCUUUCUGCUUGAAUUAUGGAGGCUGGAGCUUAACCAGUCCUUUGAAUAGUUUAAGAUCAUUUAAGUAAUGGGAAUGGUGGAGGAGAGUCAGUUUUGUUGUAAUAUAGUGCAAGGGAUGGGUGGAUGGGGGUGGGAGUGACUGAGUGAGAAAAUGCUUUAUUAAGCGUGCCCUGGUUUGCACCCAGAGAUUUCGGGGCAGACUCCCUGCUGGCGAUUACUGCUUACAGCCCAGCACACUGCGGGGGGGUUGGAGGAUUUUCCAUCAGCAGGGAAGGUGGUUCUCUGCAAGCUAACACACAAAUUCAUCCCUCUUGGGGAGGAAUGUUUAUGAAUGGAAAGGUACCAUCAAGGUGCCGUGCUCUGCCAAUAGAGGCUUUUGGAUGAACUUGCAGUUGCUGUUGUCGAUAUGGCACAGUGCAUGGGGCCAAGCACUCUCUGUAGCUAGUGUAGUUUUUCACUUGUGCUUGGAAAAGAAGGCACAGACUUUUUUUUCCUCUCUCUUGAAGUAUCAAAGCUCCAGCCUUGGUUAUUUUUAUUUCCCUUUGUGCCUGACUUGGUUUUUAAAGACAGAAUAAUCAUGCAAGACAGUUUCUGAGCUGCAUUGAACUCCUUAUUGCUUUCGGUCUUCUUCCAAUAUGCUGCAGCUUAAAAAACUGCCUGUAUAUACCUUAACUGCUUCUGGGCAAGUCCCAUACAGACAAGGACAUGGGCACCAAAGUAAUGGAAUGAAUGCAUUGUGGCUGCAAGGUCAGCUUUUCCUCUUCCUUGGUGCUUAACUGCCAAUGCAUACUGCACUAAUGGGCCCACCUCCUGAUGCAGGAGAGGGUCCUCUGGGUUCUGUGUCAGACAACAAAUAUCAAGGUUUCAUUUAUAAUGCAGAAACUUUUGGCACUGGAGACAUCAGAACCUUCGUAUUCUCUGUUAGAUGAGACAUGGGUGUUAAAAGCUGGAAGUCAGGAACGGGAAACAGUCCCAUGUGGUUGUGAGAUUCACUAUCACUGUGUUGAGUUCUCUCUAUCACCAAAUGGCAUUUCACCAUGCAAGACAGCCCAAAUCCUGCCUCUUCUUUGCUGGUUUAGGAAGUCCCGUUGUAACAGAUCACUGUGGUUCCUUGGAUAAAAUCAGAGUUGAAGAUUCAGUGCAUGAAAGACAGAUACAAGGGGCCAGCACCUGCUCCAUGUUCCUAGAGCAAAGGGAAGGACGAGUCUGUGGGAUAAGGUGGAGAAAAUGCAGAUCUGGCACCAUAGCCACCAUGGAACAGGAGUCCACAGUGAACACUGUGACACACACACACAGCUGUGAGUAAACCCUCUGGAUGUAUCUGAGAUGGCAGCAAGGAUCAGCUCAACAUGUUUUGCUUCAUUUUUCAGAACAAGCACCUGAAAAGGGCUGUAGAGGAACAUGGAGAUGUAAGAGGGAAUAUUAGGGCACCGGCAGUUCGAGAUGCAUUUCUGAGUGUCUGCUGAAACCAAACCCGUAUAAUGAAAGAACAGCAGUGUUUUACAGCCACAGGCUUUUGCAGUGCUGGAGUCUCAGAAAUUCAGUGUUUGUCACCUUAACUCUGAGAUGAACAUUUGAGUUUUAGUGCAUUUAGAGCAUUAGAUUUCUCUGAACUUGGACACUCACACCCUGUAGACAGUACUGUGCUGCUGCCUCUCAAACAGAGCAGGCAGCAUUCAGCCGAAGUCGCCUUCACAGUAAACCUUUGAGAUCUGAAGGCUUGCUCCCUCAAGGAUGUGAGCUGUUAGUCUGCAUUUUUCUGGCCCCAUCUCUGGAUUACUGUUGAACCCCUCACAGCAUGUAUGACGACACUACGCAGUCAUUUCAGAACUGACUAAGCCAGGUUGUUUUCUCUCCUCUCCUUCCUCUCCAAAACAAAAAAGAGGAACAAAUAAAAAAGAACUCAGCCUCCUAGACUGUGGCAAAUGACAGGGUGACCUGUACCUGCCUCAUCAACUGAGAAUUUAAAACUGCAGUUGCAGCUUGGGAAGGAAUGAAGAGAAGCCAGCUUAGGUGCUGCAGAAACAAUCUCUUAACUAGAUUUUUAGGCCACUGGUGAUUCCCAUCUCACUGCUGCGGAGCAGAGUCAGUCAGUUCCCAGCUCUCUGCACCAGACUUCACCCUGCUUUAUUUCUGAUUGGCGACAUGAAGGCUUUUCUGAGCUUCAGUCUCAUGCCUGUAGUUAAUUCCCCUUAACUGUCCCAACCAUCUACAUGUCAGCAUACCCUAAGAGAUGGCCUGUCCCUAAAAGCACGCUGCACCACCCGCAGAAGGGGUGUGUUUUCUGCAGUGGGCUGUUAGUAAUUGGCACUGCAACAUUCUCUGUUAAUUCAUCUGGUCUUUCCAUCUAAUUAAAACAGCAAAGUAGCCCCAGGGAGAAUUUUCCUUGCAAGUGGUGAAUCAUUUUCCUAGUAUCAAUCCAGUAGCAUUCUCUUGGGCAGUUCUCUGUAAUUCCCCUCUUCAGUAUUCCCUCGAGACAUGUCAGGAGCUGUGCUAGAUGAUCUUUAAAGGUUUCUUCCAACCCAAACCAUUUUAUAACUCUAUGAAGAUGCCUUAAGUACAUGCUUAGGUUGUUCUGUCUCCUGCAAAACAUCUGAGCUCCCAAUCAAGUCCCAUCAAACUCGGUGCUGUCAACAGAACGUCAUUGCGAAGCUGGCAGAAAACUGGUUGCUUUUGUCUUGUUUUUUUUUCCCUUUUUCUGCUUUAGGAGUAAUUUAAGAGCAAAUUGCUGUCAAAACAUUGAAAAAUAACCACACAUGUGCAAAAUGGGAUUAUGUACACAUGGAGGUUCUCAAGCACAGGUGCACAUGAAGCUCUUACACUGCCCAUUUGGAGCUGAGUUGCUAUGUGAGUGGUUCACUUGGAGUUUCCAGAGAGCGGAUAGUGUCCAAUAGAUAGCAGAGAGCAUUAAGUUAGGAAGCUUAUCACUCACAUAUGUGUUUGUGGGGCCUGUGGGUACUUGUGAUGUAUUGAGUGUGCAAAAGGCAGGGCCAGUUUCCCACAUCACGGAAGUGCCAGCUUGGCCAAAAGUGAAAUCAUGUAAAGGGCCUCCUCAGGCAUACGUGAACAUUUGCAGCAGCCACCCCUGGCACUGUUCAGAUGGAAGGGUAAUACCCUCUGCAGCAGUCUUUGUGAUAAACAGGAACCCAGAGAUCUGACUCAUAUGGACAAGUAGAGAACUGCUUUGCUUUACAGUGGGAGCAGCUGGCCAUGCCCUCUAUACCCAUGCCUUAACUUAGCAUAAGCUCCAGCCUACUGAAAUACCUAUAUUGAAAGAAGUAUGUUAUUCAUCAUCUCUGAAGACAGUGGAAUUAAGCCAACUUAAAGAGCAGAUUUGGAAGUUACCAAACUGUCCCCUAUUUCUCAAUGAAGCAGUGAGAUCUGCUCAUGAGAUCUGUAUGUAGCAUCUCAGCUCUGCCAGUGUCCUAUCCCAAACCUGCUAAACUUUCUGUACAACUGGAAAAGUACAUUCUUGUGAAAUUUGCUCACAGAAUUGCCUUGUUUUUUCAUCUUCAAUUGUAACCAUCUCAUGCUGGCAUCGUUCAGGACAGGUUUAGAGGCAUCUCAGAAACAUACUUGUUCUCAGUUUGGUUAGAGCCUUUCAUUAACAUUAUGGUUUGUGAUGCAUUGUGGAUAUAGCUGCAGUGUGCUGUGAAAGGUUAGAGUAGGAGAACAGCAAGUUUCUCCAUACCUGUAUGUGGGAUGAGAUAGCUCUGUGGCUCCAGUAUCCUUUUACAUCUGUCAGGACAGAUGUCAUCUCCUUACAGAGCUGGAUAGGCCCAAGUCUGUGGGUCUAGCACUAAAGUGCAUGCUGCUCUUUCUCCGUGGCAGCUAGGAAAUCCUUUCUCAGCCAUGUAGUUCAGCUGUCCUGCUCUCAGGGGAGGUCUUCAGGAGUCACUUCUGUAAAAGUCUGUUACAUUUUGCAAUGGAUGGAGAAGGGUUAAAUUCUUGGAAGGAGGAGGGCUGGCAUAAUCUUGAUCUCAUCAGGAUCUGCCAGGGUGGUGUUUAGCAGACUUAGAAGACAACGCAGACAAGAGCCUGUAGUAUCUGCUUCAAACUGUAGAGAAGUCAAAUUUAGAGCCUAUAGCUUAUGAGUGUCUACACUAAAAUUAAUGGUAUGAAGCUGUUACAAUGAGUAACAGAAAAAUUAACCCCCAGAAUGGUAAAAAUAUGAACAUCCUCUAAAUUCAUCUUGUAAUAACUUUUCUUGGCUCAUCCUGACUUAGGAGGAGAUCUUAGCAUAUUUGGGCUAUGGCCUCACAGAGUAAACUACAUAAAAACUGGCCUUUUGUUGUGAUUCAUUGCUUUUCUUUGGAUUAUGUUUAUGGAGGAGGGUGUCCACAUCCUGGAAGUUACCUGUGGCAGUAAAAUAUACCAGUUAAUGGUAAUGAUGAUGUAGUAAAGCACAUGCUGGAAACAAGAAAAUCAAUGAAUCUACCCUGAAAUGCCUGUCAUCCUUCCAUGUCAGAGAGAUCCUUAGGGCUUGACUCUACAGCCCCCUUCCCCACUCACUUAGCCCCAGGUUGGGGCCCAGUUCCUGUCCUCUCAACCUAGUUGUCAGGGUAGAUGCAUAGCAAGGGUUAGACCUGGCAAUAUGUGGUAUGUUUUUACCCCAUUGUUGGGUAAUGAAGAGCUAGAGAGAACUACUGAGCAGUGUGGUAGUUGCAUGAUGGACCUUCUCUUUUACUGUAGGAACACCUCUAUUGCUGUGGGUUGCAGGACUGCUCUGGCUGGUGAGUCUGAGCCCUGUGAUUUCUCUCUCCCACACACCUAUUUUUUUGUGCUUAAUAAAAUAAGGAAUGAAAAAUCCAUCACAGUGCAAAUAUGGAGAGUUUUUAGCCAGACAACUCUGCUGGCAGGAGCUGUGUGAUGCUUGUGUUUGGCAGGGAGGGAAUAAGUGUUAUAAAUGUUAAUGUCAGCAUCAGUGCAGGAAGUGGGAAUGUAAUUGGCCAUUAAUGUUGUUUGCCUGUAUGCAAAAUAAAUUAUUUGUUGCCCAAAGGGCUUCUAAUAGAGAAAUAGAUUUGUACUCAUGAUUUCCUAACAACUGCUUGUCCAAAUGAAGAGGUGAUACUUCCACAUGCAUUGGAGUCUUUCUUUUGAGGUCAAAAGAGAUGACUGAAGGCAAAGGGUAACCUGUUCUGUCAGGAUCACCAUAGUUAUAAGACUUGAGGCUCCCAGGCCUUGCUCCUAGGCAUUAGGAAAUAAAGCAUUUCAAGCAGCAGCUGUGGGAAUUCCAGCGGUGCCUUACCAGGCUGAAUCUCUAGCUCCCUUAGGUGCUUUGACAGGUCCCACUGGACACUUGCCUGGGCUUUUCUCUCUGAACACCCUUCAGAAAGCACUUCCCUCCAGAUGCAGCACUGCUGCCGUCAGUGGAGCCUCUCACAAACAUCCACAGGCAUUGGAGCGGGCUGUCCCUCGGCUGGCGAGCCCGGGGAGGGCUCUGACUGCUGUCUGUGCAACCAGCUCUGCAUGUCGUUAGCAGAUCAGUCCUAUCCAAGCAGUGUGGCUUGGUCAUUGCUGACAACCUUUCCUGUAAGGGGGCUUUUUUUUAAGCUUUGGAAACCGAAACUGAUUUUUCAAAGGUAUGUUUUCUUUUCAAUCAGUAGGUUUUGGCAAUAGGAUUUUUUAUUGCUUUGUUUUCCUUCUCUCCUCCCUCCACGUGUUAUGAACCAGCGUUUUGUGGAGGUGUCCCCGUGUUUUCCAUUCAUCUGUGAGACAGCUCUCUUUCUGAGUCUCUGUAAAAGUGAAUCCAUGUCUUGUCUGUACACUAAGUCUGCUUGUAUGCCUAAUGAGAAGUUGAGCUGGGUUGCUGUUCUGUACAAUUAAUGUUUCCACUGUCGUACCGCAAACAGCACAUAUUGCACUCCUGUGCCACUGUAAUCUGCAUCACUGUUGUACUCAAGUCAAUGAAUAAAGUUUGGAGCUUUAUUCUUAA